CACUUGUGUUUUAAGCUUCACUGCAACAAUAUUGUGUACCGGUACUCUACGAUGUAUUUAAAAUAUUUAAUGAUUAUUGUGUCCACCAUAAUGUGUGCGAGCUCUGAGAUGCGUAAUACCGAUGAAAUGCAUUCAAAUGUUUUUGUUCAGUUGGAAAGUGUUAAAAAAACUAUUGAUAUAUUGAAAGUGCGACUUGAUGCUGUGAGUGAAAAAAAUCUCUGCGACUGUUUUUCACUUAUAGACAGCAAAAUUGGUAAUGCUAAACAAUCAUAUGAUGAUAUAAAUACCCGUUUGGAUAUCUUGAUAGAUAAUUCUAAAAUCAAGCAGCAGGAUACAGAUAAGCAAUUGCUUGAUGAUUUAAAAACUCAAUUAUUGGAUUCUCUGACAGAUAAUUUCAAAGCCCAGCAGCAGAAUGUAGACAGUAAAAUGGAAAAUUUACAAUCCCAACAGAAGCUUUUAGUAGAGGAAAUAUCUGAACUGAAAGGAAAUUAUUCAAACUUAUUGGACGAGUUAAAUGCUGUAAAAUUGUCGGAAAAAAGUUUUAAAGAAAAGUACAUCGAUUUGGAAGAAAAGUAUUUAGAAUUAAUAAGAAAUACUGAAAAGGACAGAAAAUCGUUUAAUGAUUUAAAUUUACGUAUGGAUAACAGCACAACACAAUUAUCUAGCUUUCUAGCACACGAUGUCUACGAUAAAAAACCAUUAUUUGAUGUACGUGUUGAUCAGCUGCCAGAAUUUAAAAAGCAACAUUGCCAACCGGACUCUGAACCAAUUGAUUGCAAAGCAGCUACCAAGUGCACUCAAAAGAGUGGUUAUUACAAAAUCUAUUUAGCCGGAAAUAAAGCAAAACAAAUUAUGGUAUUUUGUGACAUGGAAAUUGCUGGUGGCAAUUGGAUGCACAUUUUAAGACGCAUUGAUGGUUCAGAAAAUUUUACACGUCCUUGGUCGGACUACGUAAAUGGAUUUGGCAAAGUAGAGGGCGACUACUGGUUCGGCUUAGAUAAUUUAAAUGCUCUUACUAAAGCCAAUGGUCGACAGCUAUUAUAUGUUCAUUUAGAGUUUGUUUCAGGAGUAUCUAGUUAUGCUUUGUAUGAUAACUUUUUAGUAGGGGAUGCCACUGAAAUAUACAGACUAAAAUCUUUAGGCACCUAUGAUGGCACUGCUACUGACGGUAUGUCAUAUUUGUUGGGUAAGAAAUUUAGCACAUUCAAUUAUGAUAAUGACGAAGAGGCAAGUGACAAUUGUGCCGCUAAAUACGGUGGAUGGUGGUAUGGUAAUUGUGGAUAUGCAGAACCUACUGGUCGAUAUCAUAAAACUGAAUCGGUAACUGGUAUUAGGUGGCAUAAACGGGAAUCAAGGGUAUUUUAUUAUAAAAUUAUGUAUUUUAUGAUACGAAGCUUUUAAAUAUUUAAGUUAAGUCUCAAUAAAAUUUGUAAAUAUUAAUGUAAUUUAUGUUGAAUGGAAUUCAUAAGAUUAAAAAUGUGAGUUCAAAUAUCAAAUUAAUGAACAAAAUCUCUUGUAUAUUUCAAAGUAUGCAUAUUUAAAAGUUGGUAACUUUUAAAAAAGUGCUAACAAAAAUAAAUAAAUAAAAAAUUGACUUUAUAGUAAA